AUGCCGACCUCGCACCGCUCCCGAAGAAAAUUCUCCCCCGCCCUCGACGACGACCCGGACCUCAGCCUCGACGACGUCGCCCUCGUCGUAGCAGGUCGGCCGAUACCGACGGAAGAGCCGGGUAAAGGUCAACGGUCGCAAAACUUCGUUAGUACCCAGUGGAAUGGGAACGAGCGCAGCUCCGGAAGAAGCAAAUUGGCCGGGCGAAAGCGCUGUGAAAGGAGAAGCGAGGACAACGAGCACGGCGGUUCCUCUAGCCCGCUUUGCCGCAACGAUAUUGCUAGGAGGGAACGCGAUCGGGGGAGGGGAGCUUGCACGAAUCCUUCGCGCUGUCGAAACCGUCGGAAAAACUCAAUUCCAGCAGUCGGUCGCGAAGAUUCAAGCGUUUCCGGUGAAACUACGAGGGCGGAAAGCACGAGCACGUUCUCCGAUAGGGAGCGAAAAUAUGACGCGAAUAAAAACCAAAAGACUCAAACUCUCGAACCGCCUAAAGACGCAAAAAUAUCCUCGCGCAAUCGCAACCGAGAAGUUUCUGUCAACUCGGAUACUGUGGGCAACCUCGACGCAAAAAGACGCUCGAAGGAGCUCGAAAAAAGUCGGACGAAAAGUGUGUCGAACGGGAAUAACGCAGCGCGGGGUGUAAAGAAAAAAAGAACAUCGCGAGGUGUUCAAGUCGAGCUCAAAGACGAUAAAAAAUCAGCUGGCUCACGCGGUUGCUGCUCGUUCAAAUGUUGCAGUAAAAAUAAGAAAAAAGAGGCUAAAAGGAAGGAGGGAAACUCGGACGAAAAACAGUAUGGUUCAGAAUCUUCGGAUACUUAUCAGCCAGCAGUGACUAAGAAUGAAAAAAAUGCGAAAAAACGUGAACCGGAGAAGCGUAGAAUCAGCGGAGGUGGCGAACGAUUGACUUACCCAAAACUCAAGAAUACUGACGUCCCGCUGCUACAAUCGCAUGUUUGGAGGGUAAACAAUCCGCAACGCCGCUCCGACAGGACGCGGCGAAGUGGGCAAACUACGGAAAACCAGUGGAUUCAAAAGAAUGAAGCGGCGGACGUCAAAAGACGGUUGAACGAGUGUCUCGCCGAAUUGAACGGAAUAAUCGGAGACGUCGGUCACUUGUUUCGAGAAAAUGUCAAAAAUUCUUGAUGUUGUAACAAUCAAAUAAUGAGAAAGUAAUUUUGUAUCAGAACUUGAAGAAUUUGAUGUUAAAAAUAAAACGAUACAAUGGUA